GAGUGCAAAAGAAACAGAGUCUGAACUAUAUAAUAGCCUGAAUUGUCCACAGUCACAUAGCUCAAGCACACUCUCAGCCAUGGAGGGUCAUCUGUCAUUCUGUGUGAUCUCUCUGUCAUGGAUCUUUGCUGGGAUGGUCACUCCCAGUAGUUCUGUGGAACCAGUCCAUUGCCAGUGGGGAUCCUACGGCGAAUGGUCUGAGUGUGACGGCUGCACUAAAACGCAGUCUAGGAUCCGCUUCAUGGUGGUGUUCGCUCAGUUCGGGGGGAACCCAUGCAGCGGAGGGGCCACCCAGACCCAGAACUGUGAGACUACUCGAGGCUGCCCCCUUCAGGAUGGUUGUGGAGCGAGAUUCCGCUGCCGCUCCGGGAAGUGUAUCAGCCAGUCACUGGUUUGUAAUGGAGAACAGGACUGUGAGGAGGACAACCUUGAUGAACAGAACUGUGCCCCGGACAAGGUAUUCUCUGUAUGCGACAAUGAGAAACCACCACCCAGUGUUGAGCUACUAGGAAUGGGGUUUGAUGCAGUCACAGGAACAAAGAGGGGUAUUGUGAUCAACACCAAAAGUUAUGGAGGCCAAUGCCGGAAUGUUUUCAGUGGGGACAACAAGGUCCUAUACAGGCUUCCCCAGAGCACUCUGAAGUACAACUUUGAGGUCAAAGUUCAGAAUGAUUUCAGUGAUGAGUUCUACUCAAGCUUCUGGUCCUACGCAAAGGACAUUGUCAAGCGAGAGACAGUGACGGGAACCACAAAAGGAUUCAGAAACUUUGACUUUCAUGAGACAGCGAAAAAAAUUAGGAACAACCACCUGGUGGUGGUCAAGACCGACGUGGAUGUGGUUCAGUUCCAGAACACCGCCCCAGGAUACCUACCUCUGUCUGAGGCAUUUUGGAAGGUUCUGGUCAAACUCCCCACAGUGUACAACUAUGCCACCUACAAGACAGUGCUCUUGGGCUUUGGAACACACUACCUGUCUGAGGGGACCCUGGGAGGAAAAUUCCGUGCCGUAGUCGGCCUUGAUAAGGAAACAGCCGAACAGAUGGCUAAGAUCUCUUGGAAGUACAAUGAGUGUACGUCGACCAAACACUGGUUUCUAUUCUUUUCAUGGACCACAGAGACAUGCACAAAAGAUGAAAGAGAAUUGACAUUACCAAGGCCUCCAUCCAUCAAUAGGGUAGAUGCUGUGGCAGAUGUUGAUUUGGAGGGCGGGAGCAACGCUAAUAUAGCAGCCCUCAAGUCUCUUGACCUCACGAACCCCAGCGGUAACUGGAACCUGUUCAAGAACUGGGCGGAGUCUGUGAGGACCUUCCCUACAGUCAUCAAACAAAAGAUUAGGCCCCUAUAUGAGCUGGUCAAGGAGGUCCAGUGUGCUGGAGUGAAGAAGUUCCAUCUGAAGCGGGCCAUAGAGCAGUACCUGAAUGAGAGGCACCCCUGCCACUGCCGGCCCUGCAAGAACAACGGCCUAGCAGUGGUGUACGGGGAUGAGUGUAGAUGCAUCUGUAAGCCUGGGACAGAGGGACUGGACUGUGGGAAGGGGAAAGAGGUGGAAGGUCAGGAUGGAGUGAUCCACGGCAGUUGGUCCUGUUGGUCUGGCUGGACUUCCUGCUCUAAAACUCGGAGGUCACGAAUGCGUGCCUGCAAUAACCCUGCCCCUGAGAGAGGCGGGCUUCACUGCAAUGGAGAAGCCACUGAGACAACAGGCUGCGAAGAUGACGAAGAACUGCAAUACCUCCAGACCAUGGAGCCUCAGUGCUUUCACAUGACCAGGCAACCUAAAGAGAGCUGUCAGAACCCACCUCCACUCCCUAACGGCUAUGUCCUGGAUCCAAAAGAUAUAUAUCUGUUGGGCAGUAAGGUUGAAUACACCUGUAUAGAUGGCUACCAUCUUAUUGGAACAAGACUCGCAGAGUGCAUUGCUGAUAAGACAUGGAGCGCCCCUCCUAAAGAAUGCAAGAGUUCAAGGUGCAACCUCCCAUCCCUUUCAAAUUAUGUCAUUGGAUCUCCCUUGCAGUCCACUUAUGACAUAGGAGAAUUCAUACAUCUUUCCUGCCCUGAGGGGCAACAUGUAGUGGGAGACUCAGAGAUCAUCUGUGACUCCAGUUUGCACUGGUCACCAGACCCCAAAACCAUCACGUGUAGCCAGGUUAAAAAAACAUAUCUGCCUGAUGGCCCUGUAAAGCAAUGUAAACUGUGGGAGAAACUGGCCAACGACCAAUGUACCUGUAAAAUCCCUUCAGAGUGCACGUCAUCUCUUGAGGUGUGUGCCAUUAACCUUGAGAAAGGUUCGACACUCAGAUUAAGUGUAUGCAAGAUUCUCUCUCUACAAUGUCUGGGAAAAGCCUACAACCUGACAGUGGACAGUGCCUGCCAAUGGCCGACAUAUACAACUUCCCCCUGCCCUAAAUGCCAACUUUGGGAGACAUGUGAUGUGAACGCAGACCGGUGUCGCUGUAAGGACUUGGCUGAGUGCUCAACCCCUGGGCUGAGUGUGUGUGUCCAUGUGGGAGAUGCAGCUGAUGGUGCUACCCUGACACUGAGUGAGUGUGAGGCAGGACUGAGGAGGUGUAAAGGAGAGAAGGUGUCCGUUGUCAGCAUACUGCCUUGUGGCAGCUUACGGUGAAGAAUAAGUCUCCUCUUCGAGGGAAAAUAAAAAAUAAUAGCCUUACACUUGUUGCUAAAUAGUAAUGUUAUUACACUAUUCAAAUGGCCUGUUUAAGCAAUACAAAUCAUUCAUUAGUGUGGUUCGUUUUGUAUACUUUGUGAAUUGAUUGAUAAUGCUUUUGUCUGUGCAAAUGAACGUUACAGCAUUAAACAGUAAACAUUGAAC